AUUCAUGGACAAAAGACUGGCUUUAAAACUAAACGGAGGUAGAUCUGUUUCAGGAAUAUUAAGAGGUUUUGAUCCGUUUAUGAACCUUGUAAUAGAUGAAACAAUUGAGGAAUGUAAAGACGGCACUAAAAACAAUGUCGGAAUGGUGGUUAUUCGAGGCAACAGUAUAGUGAUGUUAGAAGCACUUGACAGAAUUGGAUAGUGAUUAAUUGAAGUAAUUAUUUAAUUAUUAAUUACAAUUUACAUGUAAAAUAAGUAUUUCUAAUAAAAAUCUUAAAAAUAAAA